CACAUCACCAAAACCCCGCAAGGAAAAAGAGGAUCUCAACGCUGACCCGGGGUCACCGAAGGAGCCUUUGAACCAUGUGGACUUUCUUGGGCAUUGCCACUUUCACGUAUUUUUACAAGAAAUGCGGAGACUUCGUCUCUUUUGCCAACAAGGAGCUCUUGCUCUGCGUGCUGGUGUUCCUGUCCCUGGGCCUGGUGCUGUCCUACCGCUGUCGCUACCGGAGCGGGGCCCUGCUCGGGCGCCAGCAGAGCGGCUCCCAGUUCGCGGUCUUCUCGGAUAUUCUGUCGGCCCUGCCUUUCAUUGGCUUCUUCUGGGCCAAGUCGCCCCCGGGAUCAGAAAAUAAAGAACAGCUUGGGUCUAGGAGGCCCAAAAAAGGAACCAGUAUUUCAGAAACUACCUUAAUAGGAGCAGCUGCCUCUUCAUCAAUAUCUUCUCAGAAUGAUCCAGAAGUUAUCAUUGUGGGAUCCGGUGUGGUUGGCUCUGCUUUGGCAGCCAUGCUUUCCAGAGAUGGAAGAAAGGUGACAGUAAUCGAGAGAGAUUUAAAAGAGCCUGACAGGAUAGUUGGAGAAUUUCUGCAGCCAGGUGGUUAUCGUGUCCUUAAAGACCUUGGUCUUGAAGAUGCAGUGGAAGGUAUUGAUGCUCAGGUCGUACAUGGCUACGUAAUUCAUGAUCAGGAAAGCAAAUCAGAGGUUCACAUUCCUUACCCUCUGUCAGAAAACAGUCAGGUGCAGAGUGGAAGAGCUUUCCAUCAUGGAAGAUUCAUAAUGGGUCUCCGGAAAGCAGCGAUGGCAGAGCCCAAUACAAAGUUCAUCGAAGGCAUCGUGCUACAGUUAUUAGAAGAAGAUGAUGCUGUAAUGGGCGUACAGUACAGGGAUAAAGAAACCGGGGACAUCAAGGAACUCCAUGCUCCAUUGACUGUUGUUGCCGAUGGACUUUUUUCCAAGUUUAGGAAAAACCUGAUCUCCAAUAAAGUUUCUGUUUCAUCUCAUUUUGUGGGCUUUAUUAUGAAGCAUGCACCACAGUUUAAAGCAAACCAUGCUGAACUUAUUUUGGCUAAUCCGAGUCCAGUUCUCAUCUAUCAGAUUUCAUCUGAUGAAACUCGAGUACUUGUUGACAUUCGGGGGGAAAUGCCCAGGAAUUUAAGAGAAUACAUGGCUGAAAAAAUUUACCCACAAUUACCCGAUCACCUCAAAGAACCGUUCCUAGAAGCCAUUCAGAAUUCUCGUUUGAGAUCUAUGCCAGCAAGCUUUCUUCCUUCUUCCCCAGUAAACAAACGAGGCGUUCUUCUUCUGGGAGAUGCGUAUAAUAUGCGGCAUCCUCUUACUGGAGGAGGAAUGACUGUUGUUUUUAAAGACAUAAAGAUAUGGAGAAAAUUGCUAAAAGGUAUCCCUGACCUUUAUGAUGAUGCAGCUGUUUUCCAGGCCAAAAAAUCAUUCUACUGGGCAAGAAAAACAUCUCAUUCCUUUGUUGUGAAUAUCCUUGCUCAGGCUCUUUAUGAAUUAUUUUCUGCCACGGAUGAUUCCGUACAUCAACUAAGAAAAGCCUGUUUUCUUUAUUUCAAACUUGGUGGAGAAUGUAUUGCUGGUCCUGUUGGGCUGCUUUCUGUACUGUCUCCUAACCCUCUAGUUUUAAUUGGACAUUUCUUUGCUGUUGCGAUCUACGCCACGUAUUUUUGCUUUAAGUCGGAGCCUUGGAUUACAAAACCCCGAGCCAUUUUCAGUAGUGGUGCUGUCCUGUACAAAGCAUGCUCUGUAAUAUUUCCUCUGAUUUACUCGGAAAUUAAGUACUUGGUUCAUUAAGCUAAAAAGGGAACCAUUUGUGAACGA